GCCCUGUGCUAACAUCUGCCAACCCUCCUCUUUAUUUUUGCUGAGGAAGACCGGCCCUGGGCUAACAUCCGUGCCCAUCUUCCUCCACUUUAUAUGGGACGCCGCCACAGCAUGGCUUGCCAAGCAGUGCGUUGGUGCCCGCCGGGGAUCCGAACUGGCGAACCACGGGCCGCCGCAGCGGAGCACGCGCACUUCACCACUUGCGCCACCGGGCCAGCCCCGUGCCAUACUCAUUCUUGAUAUUUAUCCUGAUGGCUGACUCCAAACCACUCCUCUCCCUUGAUGGGGACCCUGUGGCUGUAGAAGCCUUGCUCCGGGAUGUGUUUGGGAUUGUCAUGGAUGAGGUCAUUCGGAAAGGGACCAGCGCCUCUGAGAAGGUCUGUGAGUGGAAGGAGCCGGAGGAGUUGAAGCAGCUGCUGGAUCUGGAGCUGCGGAGCUGGGGAGAGUCGCGGGAGCAGAUUCUGGAGCGGUGCCGGGCGGUGAUGCGCUACAGUGUGAAGACCUGUCACCCUCACUUCUUCAACCAGCUCUUCUCAGGGUUGGAUCCCCAUGCUCUGGCUGGGCGCAUUGUCACCGAGAGCCUUAAUACCAGCCAGUACACUUAUGAAAUUGCCCCCGUGUUUGUGCUCAUGGAAGAAGAGGUGCUGAAGAAACUCCGGGCCCUGGUGGGCUGGAGCUCUGGCGAUGGGGUCUUCUGCCCUGGUGGCUCCAUCUCCAACAUGUAUGCCGUGAACCUGGCCCGCUAUCAGCGCUUCCCGGAUUGCAAGCAGAGGGGCCUCCGGGCCCUGCCGCCCCUGGCCCUCUUCACAUCAGAGGAGUGUCAUUACUCCAUCAAGAAGGGAGCUGCUUUUCUGGGACUUGGCACUGACAGUGUCCGAGUGGUCAAGGCAGAUGAGAGAGGGAAAAUGAUCCCUGAGGAUCUGGAGAGGCAGAUCAGUCUGGCCGAGGCAGAGGGUGCUCUGCCAUUCCUGGUCACUGCCACCUCUGGCACGACCGUGCUGGGAGCCUUUGAUCCCCUGGAGGCAAUUGCUGACGUGUGCCAGCGUCACGGGCUGUGGCUCCAUGUGGAUGCCGCCUGGGGUGGGAGUGUCCUGCUCUCACAGACACAUAGACAUCUCCUGGAUGGGAUCCAGAGGGCUGACUCCGUGGCCUGGAAUCCUCACAAGCUCCUCUCGGCAGGCCUGCAGUGCUCAGUUCUUCUUCUCCGGGAUACCUCGAACCUGCUCAAGCGCUGCCACGGGUCCCAGGCCAGCUACCUCUUCCAGCAGGACAAGUUCUACGACGUGGCUCUGGACACAGGAGACAAGGUGGUGCAGUGUGGCCGCCGCGUGGACUGUCUGAAGCUGUGGCUCAUGUGGAAGGCACAGGGCGGGCAAGGGCUGGAGCAGCGUGUGGACCAGGCCUUUGCCCUUGCCCGGUACCUGGUAGAGGAAUUGAAGAAGCGGGAAGGAUUUGAGUUGGUCAUGGAGCCCGAGUUUGUCAAUGUGUGUUUCUGGUUCGUUCCCCCCAGCCUGCGGGGGAAGCAGGGGAGUCCGGAUUACAGUGAAAGGCUGGCUAAGGUGGCCCCGGUACUUAAAGAGCGCAUGAUGAAGGAGGGCUCCAUGAUGAUUGGCUACCAGCCCCAUGGGACCCGGGGCAACUUUUUCCGCAUGGUCGUCGCCAACCCCGCCCUGACCCGGGCUGAUAUGGACUUCCUCCUCAACGAGCUGGAACGGCUAGGCCGGGACCUCUGAGCCCUCUCCUCCUUGCUGCUGCCCUUGGCAUCCCCCGCCCGCUCCCCGUGUGUUCCCUCCCUAUUCUCAAGAACAACCUUUCUGGGAAACACAGUGGUCUUAACAAUGUUUAUAUACUUACCCACUAACUCUCCUAUUCAAUAUUUGAUAUUAGGAAAAUGUUUAAAUAAAUAGUAUAUCCAUAUGGUAGGAUGUUAUUCUGCCAUUAAAAUUAUGUUUACAAAGAAGAUUUUUAUUGAUAUGAGAAAAAAUAAUUUUAAUAUAAUGUUAUGUUGAAAAAACUGGAUAUAAGACUUUAUAUAUAGUAACAUCUGAACUAUAUUCAAAAAUACAUAGGAAAAGACUGAUGAAAUGAAAUGAAAAUGAAAUAUGAAAUAUAUGCCAAAUAAUAAUAAUAAUAGUUUUCCCUGGGAUGGAAUUAUAGGCACUUUAAAAAUGAACUUCUUUAUACCUUUUGUGUCCCCCCUUCUAUUAUAUAAUGAAUAUGCAUAACUUUUGUAAUAGGAAAAUAAUAAAGUUAAAAUUUCAACUGUA